AUGAUGGAAGUAACCAAAAAUAAGUAUAAAAUUCCCGAAGGAUUAAGGCCACUUUUAGAAUCACUUGCAAGAGAAAUAUUACGUACUCAACCAAGCGAUUUAAUCGACUUUUCACAGUUAUAUUUUAGUGAACUUCAAGAUCAUCGUUGUAGCAAUAAUCAUGCUGAUAUUAUUAAUGAUCCAACUUUAUAUGAAAGAUUCCGAAAUUCUCUUCACGCGAAGUAUCGAGAAUCUUUGUUUACGAAUAAAAAUGAUCGAUUACAAGAUCCAAUGAAUAUGGCAGCAACAAAAAUCCAAGCCGCCUUCAGAGGACAUGUGGUAAUGUCUUCAAUCCUUAGUCGUCUAAUCAGUUAUUACAAAAUGAUCGAGUAUAUACGAGUCAAAACUCAACAUUUCUGA